AUGGCAGCAGAUCUUCGUGCCCUCGCCGAGAUUGACGUGGUCAAACCCAUUCCCAAGGGACAACUCUAUGCAACCCUAGAGACGCCGCCGUUCAUCUUCGUCCCGGGUACCUACAACACCCGUGAUGUAGGCCUCGUCCCAGGUGUGACCCGUAUACGUCCGGGGCUGGUUUUCCGCUCCGGCGGCCUCGACAGGCUCACCGAUAACGGCAAAGCACUGAUCCAGGCGAAGCUGGGCGUUAAGCGAGUGUUUGACCUGCGCUCACAGCGCGAGCACGAGACGGCCCCCGAUCCGGAGAUUGACGGCGUCGUGAAUGUGUGGAACGUCGAUGUCGGCGAGGAUGACGCUAAGGUGAACUUGUCAACUUUCAUCGACGGCGAGGGCGAGAAGGGGUAUACGGAAAUGUACCUCGACGUGUUGAGGCUGUACCGGCCGGCCUUUCGGGAUGUGCUAGAGCAUGUACGAGACAGGCCCACUGGGAGAGACCGCACCGGCGUUCUCGCAGGUCUACUAUUGACUCUAGCCGGCGAGAGCUCUGACGCCAUCGAGUUGGAUUUCCUGCUGUCUCGUGUCGGGACCGAACCGGUGCGCGAGCACCUCUUGGCAUUCGCAAAGCGGGGUGCCAGGAUUGAGAGCGAAGACGAGCCAGGCUUCUAUAACCUGGCCAGCCUGAAGGCGGUUUGUUGGCGGGCUUUCGUAGAGGCUCUAGACAAGGAGUACGGCGGCUUUGACGGUUACAUCACAAAGACCUUGGGCUUCUCAGAGGAGGACCUCGCCAAGAUCAAGAAGAACCUCGUGAGGGACGAGGGGUUGGACUUGAAAUAG